UAGUGUUCCUUUUUUAUUUUUCUUCAGCGAGAUAUAUCUCUGAUUAAUCUUUAUUCAGUGACUUAAAUUUCCUUCCCUUCCAGCCAGUCGAUUUAGAGUUUCUAGCUCUCUGCAAGCAUCAAGUUUCAGGGUUCGAAAGAAUCAACAAUCGUUCCGUAUAAAUGCUGUAACAAUUAAGGCCAAGAAGACACUCAAAUUUUGAAAAUGACGGAGCUGAUAAAAUGGAACACUCAACAUACACCUAAGGCUUUUUCCUGUCUAUUGCAAAAACCAGAAUCCAAAUUAGGAAUUAAAAUGAAAUCCAAAGCCAAUGCAAAGGUACUUAAUGCACAGUUAUUGUCUACUAGAUUGUUUUGCAGAGAAAGCAGGGCCCGAAUGGUCACCCUAUUCAAGCAAGGAGAAAAAGCAAUGUGGGUAUUAAUAACAGGAGCUGUUCUGUGUUUUGGGGAUCCUGCUUAUAUUAGUUCUGCAUUUGGGCAGAGUUUAGACUUGGGUUACACUUCAGAGAUGGUGGAUAAGUGCAAGGAAGAAGAGAUGGCUAGAAAUGCAGCAGGAGCAGAGGAAAUUGUGGUUACCAAUGAGGGAAUUGUGGAAGAAGCUUGGAGAGUAGUCAAUGAAAAUUUCUUUGAUGCUCGCCACCAUAAGUGGUCACCUGAAUCUUGGCUUAAGCAGAAAGAGGAGGUAUUUAGGAGGCCUAUUCAGACUAGAUCAGCAGCUCAUGACAGUAUAAGAAGAAUGUUAGCUACCUUAGAUGAUCCAUAUACACAUUUUUUGACUCCAGAGGAGUUCACAAAGAUGGCUCGAUAUGAUAUAACGGGAAUUGGCAUUAAUCUAAAGGAAGUAUAUGAUGAAGAUGGCAUAACCAAGUUGAAGAUUUUAGGAAUUAUCUUAGGAGGUCCUGCUUAUUCAGCUGGUAUUAGACAGGGUGAUGAAAUUUUAUCAGUUAAUGGAACAAGAGUGCAAGGGAUGACAUCAUUUGAAGCAGCUUCUCUGAUUCAGGGUCCAAAGGAAACAUUUGUUGCAAUUGAGGUUAAGCAUGGUAAUUGUGGUGGAAGCCAAAGGGUUACUGUUGAACGACAACAGACUGUUCGAACUCCAGUAUUUUAUCGUUUGGAAAAAGCUGAUAAUGGAAAUGAAUAUACAGGAUAUAUAAGGCUAAAAGAAUUCAACGCAUUGGCACGAAAAGAUUUAAUGAUAGCUAUGAGACGACUUAAGGAUGGUGGUGCGUCUUCCUUCGUAUUGGAUUUGCGAGAUAAUCCUGGGGGCUUAGUGCAGGCAGGUAUUGAGAUUGCCAAGCUUUUUUUGGAUAAUGGAGAGACGGUGAUAUAUACAACUGGAAGAGAUAUUGAUUCACAGAAAAGCAUUCUUACUCAAAAUGCUUCUUCAACUACAAUUCCUCUUAUGGUUCUUGUGAAUGGGCGCACUGCAAGUGCAAGUGAAAUUGUUGCAGCAGCUCUUCAUGAUAAUUGCAGGGCUAUCCUGGUGGGGGAAAGAACGUUUGGGAAGGGUUUGAUUCAGUCUGUCUAUGAGCUUAAAGACGGGUCAGGUGUAGUGGUAACUGUUGGGAAGUAUGUUACUCCAAGUCAUAGGGAUAUUGAUGAAAAUGGAAUAGAGCCUGACUUUUAUCGAAGGCCAGGUUUAACUGAAGCAAACCAAACUCUUGUUCGCUGCCAUGCUUCUACCAAGUUGAUGACAGAGAACAAAGUGCUUUGAUUUUGUUAAAAAAACACUUCAGGUUUGUUUUUGUUUUCUUGUAGCUGUUUAUGCACUUUAUUUGAAACAUAUUGUCACUGAGAAAUUAAUUUGUAUUAUUCUCAGUGAAAUUUAUUUUAUUUCCUUACCUUUGACUGCACAAAUCAGCCAAAAGAAAUGCUAAUUUCAGUUCCAUUUUUAUUGUGGACGAUAUCAUUUGUAUCUCUCUAAAUUUCUUAGAGAAACCAAGAUUCCCAUGCCAAUUUUAGACCUCGGUGAUCCAAUUUUAGGAUUCUGCCUUGGAUUGGUUGUUUGUUUGCUACUUGCUACCCAAGUUAUAUGGCAUGAAAUACGUUGCCCA